AUGAACUUCCAAACAAAAAAACAUUCAUUGGAGUUGCAGGGUCCAAGGCCUGCACCUCUUAAAGUGAGCGAAAACUCCUCAAAGAUCAAGAAGUCGAAUCGAAGACGGUCUCCGGUUAUAAUAUAUCUCCAAUCUCCUAAGGUUAUUCACGUAAGACCUGAGGAGUUUAUGGGAAUAGUUCAACAACUUACUGGGAAUAACAAUCAAGCUGCACCAAGUAGAGUUGCUGCUACUGCUGCUGCUUCGGCUUCAACUUCUCAAUAUAAUUCUUACACUUCUACCUCUAGUGUAAUGGUGGAUGCUCAUGAUCAAAACAUGGGCAUGGGCAUGGGAAUCUCAAGCGCAGCCCAACAGACAUUUGAAUAUAGUACUGGGGUACUAAACUAUGGUGCUGCUGAUCCAGGUUUUGGAAUACCUACUACUUCCUCCAACUUUGCUGAAUAUCCUAGCUUCUAUAUGAACCUAGAUCAUUGUUAA